AUGCACGGUAUAAAAGAUCUUGCUGUAUGUGCGGCGGGCCGAUCCCCAGAGGAUGUGGUGGCUACUCGUGUUGCUGCUCCCAAGGCUGUCAUCAACGGCACUGCCCUCCUCCCGGAGGACACCUGUGCCCAGUGGGCGGUUGUGGUGUCAUGGUUGACAGUGGCCACUGCUGCUGCGGUGCCGCGCACCACAUGA